AUGCCACCCCUUCCCAACCACCGCCGCCAAGACUCGAACAACACAACCUACACCCGCGCCUCAAUUCUCCCGGGAAGCAAUUACAACACAACAGCAACCCACACCUUCAAUCCCCCCGCAACCCCCCUCAUACCAAGCCUCAACCCCCUCGCCCAGCUCAACCCCAACCUCGCAGACACAGAGAACCUGCUCCGCAUGACCGCAGUACAGGCAGGCGACAUGCGCUUCUUGGGCGGAUAUGUCGGCGCUCUAUUCAUGGGAUCUGCAAAGGUCCUAGGCGAGGAUGGAGUAAAGGGUUGUGCGGAUAAAAAGGAUACUGAAGAGGGCGAGAAACAAGUUAAAGUUGAGAGCGAGGAGGAUUGA